ACUUGCAUGCCUCUGAAGCGGGUUACUCUCAGUGGUCGUCUGGCUCAGUAUGAAGGCGAUAAACCGGAGUCGGUAUUACUUUUACUUGUCAAAGGGUGCUUUGCCAUGGCAAUUGAUGUCGCAGUAGCCCUGGGUGCUGCAUUAUUCACUUAUAAGGUUUUUAUGGCAAGUUUAGCUCCGACUUACGCCAGAGGAUUUUAUUGCUAUGAGGUUGAAAGUCUCAGUCAACCGUUUAAACCAAAUACUGUGUCGUCUAAAUUAGUACUGGUUGUAUCUUUAGCAUUUCCAUUUUUUAUGAUGCUCUUUAUUGAGGCAAUCUUCUUCUAUUACUCGAAAGGCGUAAACCGCAUGAGAAAAUGGUUUUUCUCUUCGACAUUCAUUUAUUUUGAAUAUCUGUGCUUUUACACAUUGACGAAUUUGUCGAUUGAGGGUUUGAAAUUUGCGUUUGCGCGUCUUAGGCCUCAUUACCUAUCAGUAUGCAAACCUGACUGGAGCUUGAUCAAUUGUACCGAUCCCGCAACUUACAUUCCGAGUGUCAACUGUACCGGAACGAAUGCACGUAGAAUCAAUAUCGGGAGGCAGAGUUUUCCAAGCGGACAUUCUGGAGUUUCCGUUUUCUUCCUAGUCUUUAUGUAUUUUUACCUGACAGGUCUACUACAUGCUUCAAAGCUUCAUAUUUUCCGCCAGUUAAGACGCGUUAUUAUUGUAGUAUUAAGUUUGUGGACAGCGUUUGUUGCAGUCACACGUGUUACAGACUGCUGGCAUUAUCCCAGUGACGUUUUUGGAGGCUCAGUGAUUGGGAUAAUUUGCAGUUACAUUCCAUUUAUUUGGAAAAAUAAUGACUUCCAGUACAACAGACGUUUUAUCAAGCAUCUUCAUGCUCAAAAGUCAAAACCCGGUGGCUUACCUCUAGAUUUCCGCAAUGACGAAGCUUCAGUUUCUGAAACUGAACGGGAGUCUCCCAUAUAUCUUGUUCAACCCGAGGAUCUUAUCAAUAAAUCAGUUGUUGAGACGCGAGUACGUUCUAAAACUAGCGAGAGCGAAAGGUCGUCCGCAGUAGGUUCAGCAAAAUGUACGAACGUUUUGGUUGCAGGUACGAUAGCUUCUGAUGAAGGAAAACAAGAACCUGAUUUUCUGCAAUUUCGAAAAGUCCCAUCUACAGUAGAGCUUCAGAAGUCUUUAACAGUAAAAUUGGUACAAGAAAAUACAGAAGUUAUUGAUCCAAGUCUAGCAGCGUAUGCAAAAUUUGAAUCUACGGAUCCAUCACAUUGUCGAACUUUGCUGGUGUUUUUUCCAUUCGCGGAACCUCUUUCCGAUGAACUCAAUGGUUGUGCACUUCACAUAAACGUUUACCCACGAACUUGUAUUUUAGAUCUUAUUGGAUUGUGCUGCUAUGUUUACAUGCGCAGUAGGCGUAAACCAGAAAUAAGUGACCCUUCGGGGUUUCAAAUGUUGAUGGCUGAAGAUAAUGGAGAAGUUGAUUAUGAUUUACCCGCUAUUGAUGGUCAUCGGUUGCUUUCAGAGUUGGGGUCUUGUUGGUCUACCGUAGCAAUCGUUCCCCGCUCAUCAACAACCGGAGGUUUUCCGGAAACAACGAGAAUAGUUGUAUAUACGGUGAACGGAGCAGAAUAUGAAUUCUUUUUGGAGUCCUUAGAUGUUUCGCUCAAAUGGUUGCGUGACGAAACACUGAGAAGAAGAAAGGAAAGGGAAGGGGACGGGUUUAUUUCUGAAUACCCAGCACUGCAAGAGUAUGUGUUGGAAGCAGUACAUCGGCCGAACAUCUCAUUAAAUUUGGAUGUUACCAUUGGAAGUACCGCAUACACAGAUUUUUUAAUGCUGAGGAAAAACAGUAAGCUUACACUACCGGCCUUUUUUCGCUCACGAGGAAACUUCCGUUUGCCUUUAGAUGUUGAAUAUGAACCAGGCUCACCGCUUUUAACACCGAUGGCAUCAUCUAGUGGUCAUCAUAGUCCUCGAUUUGGCUCAUUUGGCCAGUUCUUUUGCGGUGCUUCUGCUGAUAAUGGUUCCAUGUUUUCCUUAACUCCUGAUAAAGUGAAUGUUGGAAUGGUGAUAGAGGAGUUUCAAGUUGAAAGGCUGCAUCGCUACAAACCAAAAUCUGCAGCUAAAUUAUAUCUCUGCAAGGACGGACUUGAGUUAAAGCCUGAUUUGACCGACCGAAGACGGAGUGUAAUUUUUCCAGUUACUUUUGAGAAACCUUUGGCAGUUCUAUGGAACUGUGUGGGAACUGUUGAGCUCACGGACCAUUAUGGAGGUAAAAGAACCUUGAAAAUAGUUUGGGUUCCACCGCUGGAAACAAAUAACCGUUCAACAAAAAAUAGUCUCUCCUUAUAUCCAUCAAGUUCAAUCUCGAGCCGGACUGAUUCAAAUGAAUCGGUAGAGACCGAAGAAACGGCUAAGCAACAGUUUUCUGUCAUUAGUGAAAAAUCACAGUGGAAAACGUUAAAUUUAGAGUUUGCUACGGAAGACGCAUAUAGUUUCCUUGCCAAGGCUAAUGAGAUUCUUGAUGCCCGUCAACCGCAGACGAGGUCGGUGUAUAGGUUGUCUGCUGGAGGUAAACGAAAGCCUUCUGCGGCUUUAGAAGCGGUAGUGGGUCCAUCGGCAAGGAAAUCUUCAACUUUAAAACUCGGUCAAAGACUUUCUACUGGGAAGCGUUCUCCUGUUCAGAAAUUUAGGAACAAUAAGAUCUCUAGAUUGGCUGUGAGUAUUCAGAAAAUUUGGAAUAGAGAUCAUGCGCAUGACUAA